AAAAAAAAAUGGAUUUCACCACUGUGCUGAACUAUAGGGGAAUUUGUUUACUGUACUACACGUGCCUCAGAAGGUCUUUGGCAGAAUUCUGACUGACAAGAUAUGAAAGGUAACAAUGAAUGAAUUUUUGGAAAGGCAGAUUUUAUGCUUAGACAGGAACAGGGAAAAUGUAGGCCAGAUUUUUAUUCUGCAGCAAAUCACUGCAAAGAACAUACAUGUGAGAAAGGCUAUUGCCUUUUGCUUGGGGAAGUGUGAGCAACUGCUAAAUUAAUUGGCUUGAAUGACGGAAUGUCUUAUGCAAAUAUGGAUUUGAUAUUUGGUGGCUGAAUAUGGUAACAGCAGCAUAUGAUGGAAUUAAGCAGAUGCAAGACGUAAUAUGAACAAUUCAAAGCUAAACAGGAAAUAGGAAAAGGAGGUUAUGAUAUCCCAUUAGUUGUUAACCAUUUAUGGGUCAAUGUAUAAGGGAGGUUUCUGGUGAAGGUAGAGCUUAGCUGGGUGAGGAAGUGAAACCAUGUAAAUUGUAAACCAAAGGAGACCAUGUUAACUGGGACAGCGAAUGAUUUGCAGCAGAUUAUUUUAUGAUGCAACAGGCAGGAUAGUGCUGAAAGUGAAUUAGGGAAGAUAUUGGCUCCAUUUGUCAUGGAAAGGGGAACAAAUGGAUGAAAGAUAUGCAUAUAUAAAUGAAAAAAUCCUAAAGCAAGUAUAAGUAGUUCUUGAUGGUCACUUAGUGACCGUUCAAAAUUACAAUGGCACUGAAAAAAGCGACUCAUGUGACCAUUUUUCACUCUUACGAUCAUUGUAGCAUCCCCUUAGUCAUGAUCAAAAUUUGGAUGCUUGGCAACUGAUUCAUAUUUAUGACGGUUGCAGUGUCUUGGGGUCAUGUGAUCACCUUUUGCAACCUUUUUACAAGCAGCCAAUGGGGAAGCCAGAUUCACUUAACAACUGCGUUGCUAAUUUAACUGCUGUGAUUCACUCAGCAACUGGGGCAAGAAAAGUUGUAAAAUGGGGCAAAAUUCAUUUUAACAAAUGUUUCACUUAGCAACAAAUAUUUUGAUCAUAAAUCAAGGAAUACCUAUAAUUGAAUUUGGUAAAAUGUUUACCAAAGAAGGAAAAACAGAAAGAGAUUUUAAAAUGUAUAGAUACUGGUGGGAAGGUAGUGGUCUGUUCCAAGAACGAAUGUUUGUCAAGAUAAAGGGAAUGGGAUGAACAGAAUAACAUGCUUUUAUCCAUUUCAUGACACGGAAGUAAGAGUGGCAUAACUUAGGAAAAAUAUAAACACUGAAUAAAGUGGAAAUGAGGUACUUCUGAAAUAUUGUGCUCCAAGAAGAGAUAGGGUCAAGAAAGAAGAGGUGCUGAAUGUGGACCAAAUGUAAAUGGAUAACAUCCAAACAAUUGAUACUUUGCUGUAGAAUAUAUCUUAGAGAUGAUUUGUGGUUGUCCCACAGCACCUGAAGUUGAGAAAUCUGUACUCAUGUAUUCAAAUUCAUAAUGGUAUUUAAGUAUGUAGAAUCUGGGAAGUCUUGAGUUGGAACCUGUGCACAAGUAUAGAUCGUUCUCUCACCAAAUGGCAUAAUUGUUGUACUGCAGUUUCCAACAUGGGAUUGCAGAAUACCACAAUCUUGUUUGAAUAAGCUUUCUCCCCUCAGAAUGAUCUAUGCACAUUUCAUUUAGUGAUAGUAUACUGGUGGCUUGGGUUUGGGGGUGGUGGUGCGGUGGGAACUAUGGUACCAGUGUUUUCUGAUAGAGAAAGAGCCCAUGUAAUACCUGUGGCUUGCAAAGCAAAACCCAGCUCAGGCUUCAUGUGGAAAGUUUCCCUGAAGGAGACACAAACAUCUUGAUAGCUCAAGCCCAACGGCAAGAGAGCAUUACCAAUAGUGAAAGGGAAAUUAGUAAGAGCCAAGGCAUGUACCUUACAUUGAAUGAAGCCUUGCAGAUGGAUGAAAUGCCAAGGCUUGUACAACAGAACUCAAAGCAAACAAACAACCCACACAACCUCCUACUAAGGAAGAUAACAAAAGCUACAUUCAAGACGGGAAGGAAGUGAACACCAGUCACCUUCUACAAGCCUGUUUCACAGGUGUGGCAGGUUGCAUUUAGUGAGUGGCGCAGAAACAUAUAUAACCAUUGUUUUUUAUAAAAAAUAAUAAACGCGGGAUAAAAAAUUUGUAAAAAUAUGAGAACUGCCUCUUCUGAAUUUGAAAAGUUCUAUGCUGUAAACUUGGCGUGACUUUAUUACAUGAAGAGAUUCUUUCCACCAGAGAUAAGCCUUAAUAGGACAUCCUCAACACAGUGGGCAGUUGUGAAACUAAACUGUCUGAACACCCUCUCCCAGUGUGCUUCUGCCUUUACCACUCAGAAGUAAAUCCCACCGAGUUCCGGGUGGCUUCUCCAGUAACUCACACUAUCCACAAAGCCGGAAUGUGGUUUGUUGGGCUAGUAGUGUAGUCUGUUGUAUUAAGCCAGCCUGCGUGGUCGUAAAGCAGGCGUAUCGACACCUAGCUAACCUAAUUUAUUGGGUUAAACCCCAAACGGAGCACAUUUUGGCUCGUUUUGAUUAAACACUAAACUUUAGUCCACCCGGUUGUAGACCAAACUCUCUUUCGCUCCGGCGAACCACCGGUUGAUGCCACACGCAGCCAACAAAACUGGCGGACGCCGAGGAUACGUGCGUGCCGGCGCCAAAUUGCGGCGCGAGCCCAAACUCGUGAUAGGCAAGGCUCCGACCGGGGCCCUGUUAAGCUUCUUCCGCUCAGAGCCACGAACGUCGACGACGCGGCCCCUCGUCUCAAGCUCGUCGGGGUUCAGCGAGACUCGACAUGGCGCAACCUUCGCCCCGGGAGGAGGGGCCCCAACAGUAGCAGCUGGAGGGGGGAGGAGGAGGAGGAGGAGGAGCCUCCGCCUGACAUUACGACUUUCCUCCUUUCCCCGGCGAGUAGGUUGCAACAGCUGGCAGGCGAGCGGCCCGAGCGCUGUUAGCGGUUUCGCUGCCGCUCCGGCCUGCUGCUCCAGGGCGCAGCCAUGAGGCGUCCCCGCGUGCCCGACUCGGCUCAGUAAAGUUCGCUCAGGAUGGAGCUGCCCGGCGCUUCGCUGCAGAAGGCUUGCCGCCUGCUUGUGGUCUUCUGUGCCCUCCACCUCUCGGCUGUGCUCUUCUACUACCUGAGGGGUAACGCGCUCAGUCAGCAACGGAGCCCGGAGCCGCCGCCUCGCAGCCAAACCUUCGGCCGUCGGGAGUCGGAGGCGCUCCUUCCGGCCAAUGUCUCCAAGCCCGCCGCGGAUUGCCCCGACCCUUCCCCUUUGCUGUUUGGUCCACUGCAUGUGGAGUUUUCACAAGUUGUGAAUCUGAAGAAUGUGGAGAAGGAAAAUCCAGAACUCAGGGAAGGAGGCCGCUAUACACCAAAGGACUGCAAAGCACUUCAGAAAGUGGCAAUUAUUAUCCCUUUCAGAAAUCGAGAUGAACACUUGAAAUACUGGUUGUUUUACCUUCAUCCAAUCCUGCAAAGGCAGCAGCUCGAUUAUGGUAUCUAUGUGAUUAAUCAGAACAUCUGGAAAAGGUGUUCGCACCUUUUCUGUUGCCGGAAAGGCAACAUUGAAGACCCUCCUGUGCCUCCUGUCAGGACUGAUGAGGCACAGGAACCGGAUGACCAGCGGGGAGAAUUGGAGACACAUCUUCAUGUGUCUGAUGGAGGGACAUCUUCCUUUCCAGGGGUUGUGAUGGGUGCUCCUGCCGCCGCCCGGAGUCCCAGGAAGGAAGAUGUCCGGCCCCGUCUCAUUUUAAGGAGAAAUGAGCGGGCGUUGAAGUGGACACCGCGGCUACCUACCAUUUUUGAGACCUGCACUGAGUCGGAUCCAUCGGAAGAAUGCCCGAUGGAGAGACCAUGGGACGUGGAGGAGGGACGUGCAGGAGGAGACAGUGCCUGUCUUUCAGGAGAGGAAAGACAAGAGCACUGGAGGCCGCGACUGUCCACCAGUUUGGAGACCUCCACUGAGUUGGAACCACAAGGCCAGCCAGUGGAGGAGGAGCUCUCUCCUGAUGAUGAGUCCUUGUCUUCAGAGGAUUCGCUGACGGUCCUGAUGGGCUCGAGGACCAGCAGCCUCUGGGACUUGGACUCCCUUCUGGAGGAGGAAUCUGAGGAUAGCUGGGACCAGGAUGCAGAGGCUUCAGAGCCCAGCCCUUCUUCCAGUCCAUGGGAUUCUCCAGAGGAAGGGGAAGACACCCUGGAGGAUCUCAGCAGCCUGGAAGAAGACAUCCUGGACUCCCUGGAGCGCCUUCUCCAAUGAGAAGAGAUGCUUCCUCAGAUUCCACUCCAGAGGUCAGCCCCAGGCACCGCGGGAGCCUCCAGCUUGCCUCGCCUCACCUUGCCUGGAUGCCUCGCCGACUGCUGCUCGCUGAAAAAGCUUGCUUACCUUCGCUCUUCGGACCGAAUCCCGAGCCGCUGGUUGCAACAUCUGCCUUCCUUCGCUUGCUGCAAGCCCUACAAUCGAUUGCAUCCGCUAGCAACUGAAUCUGCCUGCCUGCAAUUGAUCUCAUCAGUGAGCAACUGAAUCUGCCUGCCCUGUCCCUUCAACUGGUAGCUGCUGCCUUUAACAGGAAGGAUGAAAAGGCAACAGACUUUGACGGGUUUCUUGGCCAAGAAACCAAAACUUGAACAACAACCAGCAGAAGUGGAACAAGAACCAUCCCCAGCGCCACAAGUGCCACCACUUGAAACUGGACAAAACAGCAAAGCAAGUAUAGAGUCACCCGCUGCACCUGAAAUCGGAAACAUUCUUCGAGACUGCUGGACCAUGCAACAGUACAGCUACUUCCAAUAUGAUGGGUUGGAAGUUUCAAACAAGAAGCUAGGUUGUAAAUCCUGUGCGAAAUAUGGCUUCACAAUGGAGAGCGAUAUUCAUGUAAGCAAAGAGUGGAAGCUUUUCAAGAUUGAGCCAGCUGGGAAAAACAAGGAAGUGCACCAGGCGUCUCUACAGAAGAAAAUGAGAGAACAUUUUGUAUCGAAAUCUCACACCAUUUGUACAGACAACGUCAAACAAGCUGAGCAGAAAGCCAUAACAGAAGCAAAGGACAAGAUUUCUGAAAUGCAAUUUGCCACCACUUCUAAAAUGUUCAAAACUGUUUACAGCCUGGCAAAAGCAUGCAGACCAAUCCAAGCAUCGAGAAACUGAUAGAAUUACAAACUGAAAAUGGACUAGAUCUGGGAAUAGGGUUGCAUUCAAGACCCAACAGUUGUCAAAAUAGUUGAGUGCAUUACAAACGAAAUUAAAACCCAAAUGUUUUCCAGCAUCGUUGCUCAGCAUCUGAAAAUGUGUCUGAUCAUUGAUGAAGCCUCAACAGUAUCCUGCAAACCAGUUUUGAUCGUUUUCUUAAAAGUUGAGGACUCAGAGGACCCACCAACAAUUUUUGCCGAGCUGGUUGAAUUGAAGAAACAAGAUGCAGAGACAAUAUGUUCUGCAGUUUUUGAAAGUUUACAUAAGGUUGGAUUUACCCGGGACUACCUUCAAAAAAAUGUAAUAGCGUUCUGCCCUGAUGAUGCCAGCGUUAUGCUUGGGAGAAAAUCUGGAGUGAGCACCAGAAUAGCCAAAGAGUUUCCAAACAUCAUCAUAUGGCACUGCUUGAACCAUCGCCUCCAACUUGUUUUAGAUGGCGCCAUAAAGGAAAUAAAGCAAGUAAUUCAUUUUAAAUUUGUUAUUGAUAAGAUAUUGUCAGCAGCCUACAGAGCUGGCAAUGGAGUUGGACAGCGAUGAGGCUGAGGUGAGGCCAGGGACAUCAGGAAGUGGAGUACCAAGGAACAUCCAGAGGACAUGGAGCCUGGACCCCCACCCACCCCCGGCACCUGAUUUUGGCGGCAAUAGUCUUCUUGUCCAAAAAUCAGCAGGGGAUUCUGGCUCGCACCUUGGUGGACUCCGGAGCUACAACUAACUUUAUGGACGUGGCGUUUGCAGCCAAAUAUUCAGUCCCUCAGUGUCUGAUGGAUCUUCCCAUGCUCGUGGAGACCAUUGAUGGCCGGGUGUUUCUGUCUGGGCCUAUUACGGCUGCCACACAACCCUUGCGCCUGACCAUCGGGUCUCAUGAGGAGGUCAUUCAGUUUUAUAUUACCUCCAACCUGCAUUUUCCCAUGGUUUUGGGCUUGGCUUGGCUUGGCUCUGUACACAUGUCCCGCAGAUCUAUUGGUCCUAGAACUUUUCCGAGCCUGAAAUGUGUGGACCACAUCCGCCAAGUCUGCGCAGGCCAGCUGCAGGUUCCAACUCAGGUGUCAUUGCCUUCUGACCUCGAGGACUUUGCAGAUUUUUUCAGCGAGAAGGAGGCAAAACAACUGCCCCCGCACCGGCCAUACGACUGCCCCAUUGAUUUGAUCCCACAUGCGCCACUCCCAGUGGGGCGUCUUUUAUUCGAUGUCAGACCCUAAGUUGGCCGCAUUACGGGACUUUGUGGACAAAAACCUGGCUUGGGGCUUUAUCUGACCCUCAUCGUCACCACUGUCCGCCCCAGUCUGUUCCUGAAAAAGAAGACCGGAGACUUGCAGCUUUGUUGUUACCACAAGUUAAACACCAUCCUGGGGCGCAACCGGUAACCUAUUCCCCUUAUUCUCGAACUGUUGGAAUGGCUUCUAGAGGCUAUCGUGUUCACUAAAUUGGACUUAUGAGGGGCCUAUAAUCUUGUUCGGAUCUGUCCCAGGGAUGAAUGGAAGACAAUGUUUGGCACCCGUUAUGGACAUUUUGAGUAAACGGUCAUGCCAUUUGGGCUGACCAAUGCUCCUGCCAUCUUCCAACAUUUUAUGAAUUACGUUUUUGGGGACCUCUUAGACAAGUUUGUCAUCAUUUAUCUAGAUGACAUUCGGAUCUACUCCCCCUCCCAGGAGAGCCAUCAACAGCAACUCUGCCAGGUCCUGCAACGUCUUCAGGAGAAUCAUCUGUACACGAAACUGGAGAAAUGUCAGUUUUUCCAGUCCACCAUCGAGUUCCUGGGGCAUCGCCUCUCUCCCGAGGGCAUUGCUGUGGUUCGAGCAAGGUGGAGUCUUUGCGUAGUUGGCAGCCUCCUCGACGGGCGAAGGAUGUCCAGCGCCUUCUCGGGUUCGCCAACUAUCGGACCUUUAUCCCCAGCUUUGCUGCCUUGACUGCGCCCUCACUCGGCUUGUGCAGAAAAAGGCCCCGUUUCGGUGGGGUACCCCCGAGCAGCAGGCAUUCCAGGCCUUGAAACAGGCCUUUAUGAAAGAGCCUAUCUUGAAGCAUCCUGACUCCCAUCGUCCAUUUGUGGUUGAAGCAGAUGCAUCGGAUGUUGCUGUUGGUGCGGUGUUGCUCCAGGCUCGUGCGUCCAGCAAUAUCCUGUUCCCUUGCGCAUAUUACUCCCGGAAGCUCAACCCUUCCAAGCGCAAUUACACAUCUGGGAGAAGGAGUUACUGGCCAUUAAGAUGGCGUUUGAGGCCUGGAGACAUCUUCUGGAGGGGGGCCAGCAUCAAAUUGAAGUCCGGACAGACCAUAAAAACCUGGAGUUCCCACAGACCGCCCAGAAACUGAACCAAUGGCAGAUUCGGUGGUCCGUCUUCUUUGCCCAGUUUCAUUUCCAUGUGAUGUACAUCCCCAGUGGUCGCAACCAAAGGGCAGAUGCGCUCUCGAGAAAACUGGGGUAUUCCCACAACGAAGACCUGCUUACAGUGUUGCCUGUAAAAUCUUUCAGGAACCAGUGGAUUUACUUGCUCAGAUAUGGGAAGUGCAGCGGCAUGAUGCUUACGUGGAGCAACAGAAGGAAGAGGUAGGGCCCACCUCUCCAUGGACGUUUCACGAUGAACUUUUGUGAUACCAAGACAGGCUCUAUGUGUCGGUAGGGCCGCUUUGGGGACUUAGCUUGUCGCAGUGCCAUGAUAAUCCUGCGGCAGGGCACUUUGGCCUCUUUAAGACACUGAAUCUAGUUUCUUGUACUUUUUGGUGGCUUUGCUUGCGACACGAUGUCCAGGCUUAUGUCACGUUCUGUGUUUGUUGCCGACAGGCCAAGUCGGCAACAGGAGCCCCUCCAGGGCUACUCCAGCCAUUUCAGAUACCAGAAAGAUCAUGGGGUGCCAUUUCCAUGGAAGUCUUAACGGAUUUGCCUCCGUCUUCUGGAUCCAUGACCGUGUUCGUGAUGGUGGACAUGUUGACGAAGAUGGCGCUUUCAUUCCAUGUCAUGGCUUACCGACGGCUCGCGCCACGGCCCGCAUGUUUAUCCAACACAUUUUUCGGCUCCACGGCCUACCAGAUAGGGUCGUAUCGGACCGAGGGACUCAAUUUACUGCCCAGUUUUGGAAAGGGCUGAUGAUGGCCUUGGAUGUAAAGAUCUGCCUGUCGUCGGCACAUCAUCCAGAAACUGACGGCGGAACUGAGAAAGUUAUCGGCAUUCUGGAGCAAUACCUGUGCUGCUUUGUGAACCAGCAACAAGAAAAUUGGUCGGAGUAUUUGGCAGUAGCAGAGUUUGCGUUCCAGAACUCGCAACACACCUCCACGCAAACAACCCCUUUCCUGGCUAAUGUUGGAUAUCACCCUCGGUUCUUUCCCCUCACACAACUCGAUUCCCCAGUACCGGCGGCUAAUAUUUUCAGUCUGAGUUGCAGGCCAU